CGCGACCUUGUCCCGCGGCGGCCCACCUCCCUCGUGCCCAUCCCACCUCGACAUUGCUUCCAGUGGUCUGAAGCGGCCCGCCAUGGCGCAGCCAUCCGGCUCUGGCCUUGACGGGCAGGACGACCCAGCCGCGUGGAUCCGCGGCCUCGGUAUCGAGGCGCUCCUCCUCGAGGCGCUGACCUCGCACGAUCGGGAGUGCGGGCUGGCGGGCAUCGCAAAGGCCGGCCCGUCGGCGGCCCGCGAGGCAGUCGCCGCCCUCGGCAUAGCGGACCUGAUCGCCAAGGCCGUCGACGCUCUUCCUCCUGCGCCGCUCGCCGAGACCGUUUCCUCGCCGCCUCCGCUCUUCCCGACUCUGUCCUGCUCCUUCUCGGACGUCGCAAGCGAGCAGGCGACGGCCGGCGGCGGGCCCUUUCGCGACGUGACUCGCGGCGUGGCGGCCCGGACACCGCUCACAAUCAACGCCCGCUCUGCCGAGUCGUUUGAGACGGAGCUCUUCGUGGGCCGCUGCCUGCUGCUGCUGCGGCCGGCGCGGCGCGAGGAGGACGUCUUCUACUCGGAGCGGCUGUUUGACGGGCGCAGCCGCGGGCUUGAGAUGCAGGUGCAGGGCCGCUUCAAGCGCCGCCCGAGCGGCACCGUCUACCUCGGCGGCGAGGUGACCGAGCGGAUGCAGCUCGGCCUCGUGACGCGCGGCCUCUCCAAGCUCAUCCUGCAGCUGCUCGUCAAGUUCAACCCGCCCGGGAUGCACUACUCCUUCGGCGACCGCGAGGGCCGCAUGCUGCCGCACAUCGUCCUCCCGCUCUGGCGCGCCGUCGACCGGCUCGUCGCCUCGCCGCCCGGCACGGCGCCGCCCGAGCUCGGCGUCCCGCUGGACGAGUCGGAGGCGGCGCGAAGCGCGCGCAAGGGCGGCGCGUCGCUCGGCGAGUGGGACCCGUCCUUCACCUACUCCUUCUCCUUCAACACGGGCUACAUCGACCUGCCGCACUGGAAGCUGCACCGGCUGCCGAUGCGCGACGUCUACCUCUCCUCCUUCUGGAGCGACUCGGACCUGCGGCUGGUCGUGUACGAGGACGCGCCGGGCGGCGGCCACGCGUGGCGCGCAAACAGGUACGCGCUCUGCGUCCGGAUCACGCACUCGCCCGCGGGCGGCGGCGGCAGCAGGCGGCAGUCGUCCUCCCGGCGGCUGGCGGCCGCGGCCGCGGCGAGGGCGUCGGAGAACGACGUUGGCGACGAGGCGGACGGCGAGGGAGGCGAGGGGAACUCCGCCGCCCUCGCCGCGUCCUCCGCUGCUCUCGCCGCGGCCGGCGCGGCGACGCUCGGUGUGACGCUGCCGCACGCCGAGCCAGCCUCGUCGGCGGCCGACUCGGCGGCCGACUCGCCGCUGCCGGUCACUCCCGACGCGGUUUCGGACGAGGACUCGUCGGAGGAGGGCGAGCCGCCCGCCGACCCGCUGGCUGAAGAUGUCACAGGAGAGCCUUCCUCCGAAGCCGCGGCGGCGGCAGCGCAAGGCGACAUCGGGGCGGCGGGCGGCGUGGCCCCCUCGGCGGCGCUCGCCGCCCUCGCCUCCGCCUCCAUCCCGGCGCGCCUCGUCUCGCGAGACGGGCGCGGCCGGCCGAAGAAGAGCUACCUCGUCGUCGCCGCGGGCAAGACGCACGUCCGCAGCUCCGGCGCCAUCAAGGCGGCGGUGCGCGCAGGCCGGCGGGGCCGUCCCGCGCCAGCCUUGGGGCGGGACGGCGACGACUCGGACGAGGGCGGCGGCGCGGGCGACGGCGAGGGGAGCGGCCCCUCGGCGCGCCUCAGCACCGCGGAGCGGAAGCGCCGCGCCGCAGAGCGCCGCGUGCGGAGCACCUUUGCCGCGCCGCCGCCGCCGUCGACGCGAGCGGGCGCCGCACUCGCCGCGUCUGCCGCCGCGCUGCUGCGGCGCAGCGAAGGGGACGCGGCGUUCCUGGCGCCCGGCCGCGGCGGCCGAAAGGCGGCGGCGGCGGCGGCGGACGGCGCGGUUUGCAUAAGUGGCAGCGUCGCUUUUGGGGAAUGCGAGGGCUGCUUUGUCGAGAUGGGCGCCGUGCUCACAACUCGCGCGCUGUACUUGUCCGAGGCGAACGUGGGCAGCGGCGGUGCAAGUCUCGUGCUGGCGCUCCCCGCCCUUCUCUGCGCCAGCCGGAUGGACCCUUCCCUCUCCCCCUUCCCCGACCGGCCUCUUCUCCUCGUCGCCACCGUCGCCCGCCAGUACUGCCUCCUUCUCCACUCCUCGCUCGUCGCCGACCAGUGGCUCGCCGCCCUCCGCAACCUGCGGGUGCCCGUCGAUGAUGGCGACGGCGGCGACGGCGCCACGGCCGCGCCCGCCGCUGGCAGCGGCCCCGCCGCCGGUGGCGCUCCCGCGGCGGCCGCGGCGAGCGACGAGCCCUCGCUCUCUCUGCAGCAGUUUGGCUUCCGGCCGAGCAUCUUCACGCGCAAGGGCGGCCGGCUGGUGCUCAACGGCCGGCGGCUCCUCUUCCAGCCGGAGCUCGCCGCCGCCUCGCGCCUCGACGCGUGCGAGUGCGCCGCGCGCGCGCUGCGGCUCGCGCUGGCGCUCGACGAGGCGGAGCCUCUCUCGUCGCCGAGGCUGGUUGCCUUUCUGGACGCCGCCUCCUCGCUCAAGGCUGUGCGGCUCGACGGGCUCGACGAGGAGCAGAAGCUCGCCUUCUUCCUCAACGUCUACCACACCAUGAUCCAGCACGCGUACUCGCUGCUCGGCCCGCCCUCCUCGCUGCUCAAGGCGAUCUCCUUCUUCAACACCAUCGCCUACCAGGUCGGCGGCGACGUCUUCACCCUCGCGGAGCUCGAGCACAACGUGCUGCGCGCGCCCUCGUGCCGCCCAAAGUCCUUCUUCUCCAAGUGGGUCCUCCCAAAGUCGAGCUACAGCUUCGCCCUCACCACCGCCGACUACCGCCUCAACUUUGCCCUCUCCUGCGGCUCCGCCUCGGGGCUCGCCACGGUGCCCGUCUACCAGCCCGCACUCCUCGGCGCGCAGCUCGACGCCGUCGCGAGCGCCUUCCUCGCUCGCACCGUCGCCGUCUCCUGCCGCAGCGGCGGCGGUGGCGGCGGCGGCGAUGCGGCAGUGGCGCUCACACUGCCCAAGUUGUUCCAGUGGUACGCCAGGGACUUUGGGAGCGGAAAGCACGCGAUGGAGGGCGCGGCGGUUGCGAUGGAGUUCUUGCGCGGCCCCGAGCGCGAGCUGCUGCGCUCGCGGCUUGCUCAGGAGCAAAAGCCUGACCUCGAGAUUCGGUACGCGCCCUUCUCCUUUGCUUGCUCGCGCCUGAUCGAGCUCGAGGUCGGUCGUGAGAGCUCUGGUCGGCGGAUCAGCGGCGGCGGCCCGGGCGGGUGAGCCAUCGGAGCGGGGGCAGUGACCGUUCAUCAAAGACGCCGCGACAAUAUGUCCAAUACCGCGGUCCGAUGUUGUUCCUGGUCAUUCCCUCUCCAGACCGCCCAUAAAUCUCUGUCCACCUGUCGAUAUGCAUUUACGCGAACGAUUCUCUACUAUUAUAACAGUCAAUACAGUGG